AAACAAAAUAGGCAGGCAGGAGGAGAUUUUGAAAGUGGAAAACACGGCGGAUAGGAAUAGUCGAUAGACCCAAGACAAGACAGAGUGUACAUAUCUGUAGAUUUACAAAUUAAUUGGAAACCCUCUUCAUCCCGUUCCCACUUUUUAAUCAGGGUUUGCGCAACUUUCACAUUGACUGGGUUAGGUUUAGUUGAUUCAUUCAGUUGCUGCUACACUCUCACUCGCCUCACUUGUGUUCUACUUUUGGACCAUGCCUGCUUCAACAAUCACCGUCUAUCUUUACGUUCCCAACAUUAUCGGAUAUGUACGGGUUUUAAUGAAUAUAUUUGCCUUCGCCAUAUGUUUUUCGGACAGAAAGCUUUUUUCGCUUCUCUAUUUCAUUAGCUUUGUGUGUGAUGCCCUGGAUGGUUGGUUUGCCCGCAAAUUUAACCAAGUUUCUACCUUUGGAGCUGUUUUGGAUAUGGUGACAGAUAGGAUUAGUACAGCUUGUCUACUGGUAAUUCUUUCACAAGUCUACAGGCCUGGAUUUGUUUUCAUGUCAUUGCUUGCUCUAGAUAUUGCCAGCCAUUGGUUGCAAAUGUAUAGUACUUUCUUGGUAGGCAAAGCUAGUCAUAAAGAUGUCAAAGACAGCACUAGUUGGCUAUUCAGGGCAUACUAUAGACAUAGGAUGUUCAUGGGUUAUUGUUGUGUUGCCUGUGAGGUUUUAUACAUAACAUUGUUUCUUCUGGCAAACAACCAGACUGAAAGUCUGACAGAAGUACUUGUGGGGUUCACUAAACAAAGUUUACUGAAUUCCAUUUUUCUUGGUUUUCUUCUCUUCGGCUGGGGAAUCAAGCAAUCCGUCAAUUUUAUACAGAUGAAGACAGCUGCUGAUUUAUGCGUGCUUUAUGAUAUUAACAAAAAGCAAAAGGACUAGUGCAGAAAAAAGCAAUUUUCUCUGCAUUGUACUGUACUAUCUGGUUCUUACCUUCGUUGGUUGCUCGAGUUUCCACUCGGUUGAACAUAGCAGCCUGUUUCCAACUGCACAGGGUUUGCAUGAAAGUGGCUAUAGCUGUGUAAUUUUUGGAAUAUCUGGAAUGCUUGUGAAUCGUGUUCUCUUCUACUGCUAACGUACUUUCAUGAUUCUCAGCAUGGCACAUGUGUCUAAUAUCUGAUAUUGGUUCUCCUUGUAUAGCCAAGGAUCAGUGCACAGCUUUUUGAGUACAUAUCCAGAUGUUUAAAAUUUGUAGCUGAACACAGCUUUCUUUAUCUUUAUAUUUGCCAAUCUUAGGUUUC